AUGUCGCAAACUAGAGCUGGAAUCAGUGGAGGUACCGUUUCGAAGAUUAUCAGGGACGCGAGCAAUGGGGAUAUUCGUCCAAAUGGCUGGGAAAGAAACAUUCCGACAAAGGCUUCCGGCUUUGCUCAAUCCUACGAUAUCGACGUUGAAGUCGAAACGACUCAAACCAUCCACAUUACUGGUGUCCAAAUUGUCCAAUCUGAAGUGACCAUCGUCGAAGAAGGCCGUCCAUAG